AUGCCCGUGGCGUUGGCAUCGUUUCCACCGGCGACGGUGUCUGCCAUUGCGCGACAUGUGGUUGGAUCGCUGCCAGCAACAGACACGCAGCGCAUGACCGCAGAGACGGUGGAGUGGACCAUGCAUGUGCUACUGGCCGCAACCAGCCUUCCUGAGGAGGAGGCCACCAUCCAGGGCGGUGAAACGACGCCGCAGGCGCACGUGGCGAAGCAGCAGUUCAUCCAAGCCACAUCCCCGGCGCAGGCGCAGGGCGCUGUCUCGCGGCGCGCCACCACCUCGGUCGCAAACCGCGCAGCCCAUAGCAGACCCGCAGACGCCAGCCAGCCCAGAAGCCCUUCCGCUCUUGAACAGCUGACACAGAGUGCCCAGGCGCCCCAGAUGUAUCUUGGUGACAUUGUGUACGGUGCGUUGGAUGUGCUCACCUCAUGGCUGGCGUUGGGGCCCGCCUGCCCCAAGGUGAUCCACAACCGCCCGCGAAAGCUUCUCCCCACCAUCAUCACACACAUCGUUGCCCUCUUCAGCGACAAUCAUCGCCGUCCAGAUGCCCCACACUGCAGGAAGGUGUUCAAUGCACUUGAUCAGCUGGUGACCAUCUGCGAUGAUCCAGAGACGGUCGUCGUCGCCCUUAGGGGCUUCCUAUCCAUCGCCAAUGACCUCAUGUUGUCCCCAGCAGCACUUCAGCUUGCCCUGCGCGUGUGCGAUCAUCUUCUCCCAACGCUCCUUCGCGCCUGGGUCAAGGUGUGUGCGAGGCAGUAUCCCAGCCAGCGACUCUGGGCCGAAUUCACCACCAGCUUUCGAUCGUGGCGGUCGUGGGCGAAAGCAGCGACGUGGUGGGGCCUCGUCACCAGAAGACUCGCACAGCGCUUGGUGGAUGUGCUGUACGGAUCCCGUGAUUCCGCCCGCAGCAAAUCUCAAUCGCAAGAAACAGAUGCGUUUGAGGCAGCUGUUGAGACGAUGCGGCCUGAGGUGCUGUCGCAGUGCUGGAGCGCCAUGCUGCAUCUCAUCGCCGACCACCGCGCCCUCAACCCGCGCCAAUUCCCGCCAGACGCUUUUAUCGAGUUUGUCGACAACGUGGCCUCCAUGGUCAACGUUUUUGUGGACGUGGGCCAGCACCACCCGCCGCCAACCAUCAACAGCAUGCUCGCCCUCUUUGGCCACUGGCUCUUCGCCGCAGCGUCCCCGGACACGGGACCAGAGUUCCUGCAGGCGCGCGCCAGCGCAACAGGCGCACUUGUGGCCAUCUACACCUCCCACCAGUCCAUCCCGCCCGCCCCUCAGUAUGCACACGCGUUUGUCGGCCUCGUCACGCUGGGAUUGCGCAACAGCGUGCUGACGCAGUACAUUUUGGGGCGUGGCAGCGGCCUCUUUACAAACGCGGUGCAGCUCCAGCCGCAGCUGCUGGUGGCCAUGCUCCCGUUUGCCGCCGUGGCCAAGCACGUGUUGACGGGGGAGGUGGCUGCUGGACGCGCGGUCCGGUUCGCCGCGGCCACCAUCCUGCAAACCCUGGCGUGCUAUCCAAACCACCUCGGACACGUGCCAACGAGCGGGCUGGCAGUCUCACUCGAUACCAACACAACAGCCCUCGUAGGAGAAGCAGCAGCGGCAGUAUCGAAGAACAACAACGCGGAUCGUGUAAAGGGUACACGCGGUGGCGAAGGCGACACGGCAAUGACAGACAAGGCAGCGCCCCAGAGAGAAAGGCCAGCCAUGAGUGGCAGUGGAGGGGGACAACAGGGACAAGAGUGGUCUACGGAGAUUGAUGCGCCGUACUUUAGCUCCCUCACGCGCCGCUUUGGAAGCAUUUGCCUGCAGGCAAUCAUGAAGGAGGACGACGACGUCAUCUUGCAGAUUAUCAUGAACACGAUUUACACCGUCAUCUUGGACGACGAAACGAAGCGCGCAUGCACGCGCGCAACCAACUCGCUCUCGCAGCGCCCGCAGUCGCCGCUGACAUAUACACAACAACAACAACAACAACAACAACAACAACAACAACAACAACAACAACAACAACAACAACAACAACAACAACAACAACAACAACAACAACAACAACAACAACAACAACAACAACAACAACAGCAGCAGCAGCAGCAGUCUGCAACGGACGUGCGGUCCAAGAAACCGCUGCCGCCACUGCUUAUCGUCUCCACGCUGCGGGUCCUCAUCACGGGCCUCUGCGAACGGCCGUGGUCGCUGAAUGUGCAGAUGACCGCGCUGGAGACAAUACGCGGCUUCUCGCGUCUCUUCGACAUUGUCAUGGAGGCCGACCCGCGCGCCGCCCCGCAGCUCAUCCUGGGCCUCUGCACUUUCAUCGAGAUGCAGCUCGGGCAACCGCGGCAACGGCACACGCGCCACCUGCACACCUCCAUCGUUGUCGGCUACCACUGCCUCCUCUCGUGGAUGACUCCAUAUUGGUGCCACGACUGUGCACACGGUGUUCUGGCUGCUGUGCUCCGCGUCAUCAUGUGCGGUCUUGUUGGCACAUCCGCACAGGACUCUGUCAAGUUCCAGUCUGCUGCGGAGAGCAGGUGGAUUCUCGGCAAAGCGCCACCGCGACGCAAGCGGCAGAUCAGCGAAGGGGAGCUUGGCGUGACGUCGCCGUCGUAUCGCGUGCAGGAGGCAGCGAGUCUUCUGCUGCGGAAAUUGCACAGCACACACACGCGCCCGGAGCACCGCCGCAACCCAGGUCACAUUGUCACUGUGCAGCUUGCGCGCUUGUUGUGGGCGAGAUGCGUUGAUGCUGCACAAUCGCCUGUGCUCUCUUCAUACGUCGUACUCACGGACACCGUCGACGUGUGUGCAGGGCUCAAGGUGGAGGAAGAGUUUCGCGCGUGGCGAGAAGGCUCAAAAGCGGACCUGCGGUACUUCAGCAUUGGCAUGCACACCAUCCUGGCCGUGCAUGCGCCAAAGAAAGGUGCUGACUCAGCAGUUCUCGUUGUGCGGGACGAGAGCGGGCGGUCCGUGUGGAGAAUACGUCCGGACUGGAUCCCUUCAACGGCGACACCACGAUCGGCAACGAGCGCCCCUGCAUCUCAGGCAGCGAGCAUGCGGCGCACGACCACCGCGCCCGCAACCAUAUCUGCAAUGACGGGCGGCCGCCACGACACACAUGCACACGCACACGCACACGGGCAGCAGCAGCAGCAGCAGCAGCAGCAGCAGCGUUGCAAUGAUGAUGGUGAUGAUGGCGGUGGAGACAGGGUUGUGGAGCCUGAGCCGAUCCUUGAAGGCGUGACGGCAGCGAACUUCAACGCGCGAUUGGAGGAAAUCACGGGCGAGAGUAAUCCAUCCUUCCCAUGCACAGUGGAACACAGCGAUGAUGGAGAGGGUGGUGCAUAUGGUGCCGGGCAUGACAGUGACGGUCAUGAUGGCACUGGCGCUGACGGUGUGGGAGGCGACGGCGGUAUUGACGGUGCUGGAUGCUGGUUGAAUUCGGCGUUUGCGCAGCAGAUUCGUGAGGAACACAUGCACACCGUUGACCCG